AUGGAAAGGUUCUCUCUGUUCUUCUUCGUUGCCUGCGUCCCAUUCCUAUCCCCUUCUUCUGCCGCUGGUUUCUCCGUAGAUCUCAUUCACCGCGACUCUCCCCUCUCGCCUUUUUACAACCCUUCCUCCUCCCCUCAUUCCCUCCUCCGUGCCUCCUUCCACCGCUCCCGCCGCCGCGCGGCCUACUUCCUCCGUGCUGCAAGCCUCACUCCUCCCCUCCACAGUGAAAUCAUCCCAAACUCUUUCGAAUACCUCAUGAAAUUCUCCAUCGGCACCCCACCCACCAAAACCCUCGCCAUCGUCGAUACCGGCAGCGACCUCAACUGGGUCCAAUGCACCCCGUGCAAGGAAUGCUACGCCCAACAUCUCCCUCUCUUCGAUCCCUCCGCAUCUUCAUCGUACAAACCAGUCCCCUGUUCCGACAUGUCAUGCUCCGCGCUCCCUCAGUACGGAGACUGCUUCUCCCAAUCCAACUGUAAUUACGAAUACUCCUAUGGAGAUCGCUCUUACGUCAUCGGAGAACUCGCCACCGAGACCUUCUCGUUCGACACCGCAGACGCCGACAGUCAUCUGGUGCAUGUUAAAAAUAUCAUUUUUGGCUGCACGCACGAAAGCAACGGUACCUUCGACGCAAUGGGCGCGGGGCUUGUGGGGCUCGGCGGAGGACAGCUCUCCCUCAUCACCCAGCUCGGCGAUGCUGUUGACAAUAAAUUCUCUUAUUGCCUUCCUCCCCUCAACAACAAGUCUUUGAGCGGCCGGCUCAACUUCGGUGCGAAAGCAGUCGUCUCUGGUCCCGAUGCAGUCAUUACUGAUCUCAUCUUCCAACAGACGGACAGCUACUUCUUCCUUAGCCUGGAGUAUAUAUCAGUUGCCGGCGAUUCGGAAACUAUUGCCUUUAAAUCGGCUCGGAAUGGUUCACAGGAGGAAGGUAACAUAAUCAUAGAUUCAGGCACGACACUUACGCUCAUUGACGACGAUACUCUGCAGUUUUUGAUAACUAAGCUGUCAGAAGUUGUGAAGCUGCCACAGGUGAGUGAUCCAGAGGGAAUGUUCAAUCUCUGUUUUGACGUUUCAGAGACAAAGGAAGUGGAAGAUGGCAACCUUCCGGAUAUAAUAUUUCAUUUUUCUGGAGCUGAUGUGGUAUUGAAGCCAUUGAACGCAUUUAUAGAGCUGGAUGAGAAGACGCUGUGCCUUGCCAUGAUAUCGAGCGGGGGUGUUGGGGGUGUAAGCAUUUUUGGAAAUGUGGCGCAGCAGAAUUUUAACGUUGGGUAUGAUUUGAGCGCCAUGAAGUUGACGCUGGAGCCGACAGAUUGUGCAGCUGUUUGA